CUCCAAGGGCAACACACCUGGGAUCAAUUAACCUUAUAACAGUUCAUGUUGUCGAUGGGUCCAAAAUGACUUUGGUUCCCAAUGAAACGUACCAGAUUUCACCCAAGCCCAAAACUGCUCAAGCAACUGAAAUGCCACGGUUCAGUAAAGCUCUUAGUAAAACCACAACAGCACCAGCUAGAACAAAAGCACCUGGACUGCCAAAGUGGAUUGUGCCAACGACAGAGGAUUUAUAUACACCUGAGGAUAUUGCCAGGCAAAUUGGUGUGGAUGUGGAAAAACCUUUGGAAUAUAGUGAUACCUGGGAAAAGCCAGUUUCUGUAACUACAUCACCUGGCCCUCAGCAUCCUCCUAUACCUCCUGUCAGGCCUACACAAAUGCGAAGAAAACCUCUGCCUCCAAACACUGUGACUGGCAAACCAGGGAGUCCAGUUGAUGCAACUGUCUUCAGCUCAAGUCCUACAUCAGAAACAGAUUCUUCAGGCAAACCAAGGUACCAAGCCCCCCAUGUCAAGUACAUGAAGAAAGAUGAAGAUGUGCCUUGCUCUAUCACAAGCUCUCUUGAACAUUUUCCUCAAGAAGAAGGUGGCAGCAAGGAAGAAGCUACUCGUCCUCCACAAAAUCCUCCAACCAACCUCACGGUGGUGACUGUUGAGGGCUGUCCAACUUUCGUCAUAUUGGACUGGGAAAAACCAGACAAUGACACUGUUACUGAGUAUGAGGUUGUGUCAACUGAAAAUGGACCAAGCGAAGGUGAAAAGGAGAAAUCGGUUAUCACUACAAAUCAAACCCAUUCUACUGUGGAAAACCUAAAACCUGACACAAGUUAUGAAUUCCACGUGAAACCUAGAAACCCUCUUGGUGAAGGUCCAAGUAGCAACACCGUGGCAUUCAAUACUGAAUCAGCGGACCCAAGAGUGAGUGAGCCAAUUUCAAUGGGAAAGGAUGCUAUCUGGACUGAAAUCCCAUUCAAUUCAGACACCUAUUCAGAAUGCAAAGGGAAACAAUACGUAAAGAGGACUUGGUACAAGAAGUUUGUCGGUGUGCAGCUGUGUAAUUCUUUGAGAUACAAGAUAUACCUCAGUGAUUCACUCACAGGAAAAUUUUAUAACAUAGGAGACCAGAGGGGCCAUGGAGAAGAUCACUGCCAAUUUGUAGACUCAUUCUUAGAUGGAAGGACAGGACAGCAAGAAGAUCUACCAGUCAAAGAUGGAUUUUUUAGGGCAGUUCGUCAGGAACCUGUCAAAUUUGGAAAAAUAGGAGGGGAGACUCACAUUAACUAUGUUCGCUGGUACGAGUGCGGAACAUCGAUACCUGGGAAAUGGUAG